GCUGAUAACAGUUAGUUGCACUUGAAAGAUUGUCCCUUUGCCAAACUGAUCAGAAAGAGAACAGUUCAAGAUCCUCCAUUGUAUUGGCUUCCUCCUCUUCCACAGCUUUAAUGGUGGUUUCAUCUCAUAGUGCCAUGUAUAUGGGAGACUGGGAAUAUGACGUUUUCUUGUGUUUCAGAGGCGACGACACACGACAUUGUUUUACAAGCCACCUCAUGGCUGCUCUUUCCGACACGAAAAUCAAAGCCUUCAUCGACACCCUGCUCCGUAAAACAGAGUCCAUCGACGAGCUCCUUGCGGUCCUCCAAAGAUCCGCACUUUCGAUCGUGGUUUUCUCCGACAAUUUCGCGGAUUCACCCUGGUGCUUGAACGAGGUGGACACAAUUGCCCAAAGCAUGGCGAUGUUCGGGCACCGAGCGCUGCCUGUUUUCUACAAGAUUAGUUGGUCUGACGUGGCAGGGGACUCUGGCAAGUACUCUGUUACCAUUGAUGAUAAGCUUAAAGCCAGCUCCCGGGAUAAGAAGAGAUGGAGGGAUGCUUUGAAAGUGGUGGCUAAUUGUGCAGGACAUACCUCCGAGGCAAUUCAAAUUGAAUCCGAACUGAUUAAGAUGAUAGUUGAAGAUGUUCAGAGGCUACGAAUAGACAUGUCACGAAGUAUCACAUCUAACAACUUGGUUGGUAUGGGUUCCCGCGUUUUGGAGGUUGAGCGAUUGUUAGCCAUGGGCGAACUAGAUGAUACUCGCAUUAUUGGGCUGUGGGGAAUGGGUGGUGUAGGGAAAUCAACUCUGGCCAAAGCUUGCUAUGAAAGGAUAGUUUCAUCAACGAAAGAGAUCAAACAUCAUUUUGUCUGGAACAUCAAUGGAAAUUGCGAAAAGCAGCAAGGGGUUAAUGGAGUAGUGCAUGGGCUCUAUUCAAAAGUGUUAUCCGAGAGUAAUCUAAGUCGUGAAGAUCUGGAUAUGAAUUACCGAAGAGCACGUCUUUCUCGCACGAAGGUUUUCAUCGUCCUUGACGAUGUGGAGGCUCCUUGCCAAUUAGAGCAAUUGCUUUUAGGAGAUGUCUCUAAUCUUAAUAAACUCUUUGCCAAGGGGAGUAGAAUUAUUGUGACAACAAGAAAUAAGAAAGUGCUGCAAAAUGCAAUUGCAAAGGUAUAUGGAGUUGAGUGUUUGAAUGAUGAUGAAUCUAUUCAACUCUUUAGCUUGCGUGCAUUCAGGCAAUGCCAUCCCCCAGAUAGUUGGAUGCAUCUGUCACGUCUUGCGACAUUAUUUUGCAAGGGCAACCCUUUGGCUCUCAGAGUUUUGGGGGGUACGUUGUUUGGCGAGGACAGAGAUUAUUGGGAGAGUUUAUUGGGCGGGUUGAGACUGAUUCAAAACCCAGAAAUUCGGGAUGUUCUUAGGAGAAGUUACGAUAAAAUGGGAGCUGAUGAGAAGCGAUUGUUCUUGGAUGUUGCUUGUUUUAUCCAUGGAAUAUCAAGAUCUAGACUGAUUGGAUAUAUGGAAAUACUGUACUCGUCCGCGCAUGCUAAGGUGAAGGACCUAAUUGAUAAGUCCCUUUUAAUUUGCUUUUCCAGCAACGGUGGAGAGAAGAUUGAGGUGCAUGAUCUGCUCAAGGAAAUGGCUUGGAGCAUUGUCAACGAGGAGCCAAAGCUUGGCAAACGCAGCAGGCUGGUGGAUGCUGAUGAUAUUCACAAAUUAUUGUCGACCAUAAAGGUGAAAAGAUGGUCAGCUUUUCUUAUUAACAUGUUCUUCAAAGGCAUAGAGAUGGUUCUGCCGAAAAGAAAAAUAAGAAAAGUCACAGACAUGCGUUGUGAAGGCAGUAGUGCAUUGGAGGGAGAUAAAACAACUGAAGGUAUAAGUUUGGAUCUCUCUAAAGCAAAAGAGAUGUAUCUGGAAGCCAAUGCCUUUGAAGGAAUGAAUUCUCUUGUUUUCCUCCAAAUUUUCAAGCCGGAAAAUCCUUUGUUUUAUCCAGUUGAUGAGAAAAUCCAUUUGCCAUACGGUGGCCUUGACUCACUUCCUGACGGGUUGAGAUGGCUUCACUGGGAUGAAUACCCUUCCAAAUCACUACCUUCGAGAUUUUAUCCCCAACAUCUCGUUCAUCUUAUAAUACGAGCCAGUCCAAUUGAAACUUGUUGGAAAGGAUUUGAUCAACCAAUGCUGGUGAAUCUGAUGGUGCUCGAUCUUUCCUAUUGCUUCAAUCUUACUGCUAUCCCAGAUCUCUCGAAGUCCAUAAAACUUGAGGAACUCCUACUUCGGGAAUGCACAAGCUUAGUUGAACUUACCUCUAACGUUCAAUAUCUGGACAAGUUGAUAACACUUGACCUUGGAUAUUGUGUGAACCUCGAGCGUCUUCCAUCAAAAUUCGACUCAAAGAUCCUUAAGCAUGUUCGUCUAUGUGAUUGUCUAAAGAUCAAGCACUGUCCAGAGAUUAAUUCGGGAGACUUGAUGGAAUUGGAUUUAGGAGGAACACAUGUCAGAGACCUGCCAGAUGCAAUUUACUAUGUCAAGGAAGGUGGCAUCAUACGUCUCUGUGGCGAAAAUAUCACCAACUUCCCAACAAUUUCAGCAAGCUUGCAAGAGUUUUGUAUUUGUCAUUCUGCAAUAGAAGAGAUAGACUCUUAUGAUCAUCAUCAGUCUUCUUCUGAGUUAUUGCCAAAAUUUGCUAAGCUGAAGUUGGUUGGCAACUCGAAACUCAAGAGCUUGCCAAAGAGUAUAUGGGACAUGGUGUCUUCUCAUCUCUAUAUUUCGGAAAGUCCACUUCUAGAAAGUUUGCCAGAGAUCCCAAAUCCUGUAAAGGGUUUAACCGAGCUUUCUAUAACUGCGUGUGAAAGUCUCAAAAGCUUCCCAUCUAGCAUCAACAAUUUAGUGUCCCUAAGCUUUCUCAAUUUGGGAUCCACUGGUAUUAAGUCCCUGCCUUCUUGUAUCGUGGAAUUGGUCCGACUAGAUGUAUUGGAUCUGAGCUACUGCAAAAGCCUAGAGUCUGUCCCGAGCAAUAUCCAUAAACUACCUAAUCUACACCACUUGCACUUGAGGGGUUGUCGAAUUAUUCAAUCUUUGCCAGAACUUCCACCAAAGCUCAGGGAUAUGGAUGUUGGUGGUUGCAAGUUGUUACAAGCUCUUCCCAGCAACGCUAGUAAGCUGAGUUGGGAGUGCCUCAGGUUUCACGAUUGCCCGCAAUUGGAUAGUACGUUUCAUAAUGAAAUCGUGGCAAAUUACCCUGUCUAUGCAUUGUCUCAGCGUUCGAAGGGCGUGCUUCAAUAUUCAGGGAGUGAGAUUCCAGAAUGGUUUGCUUACAAAAGUAUGAAUGACAAGGAUGGUUCGUGUUUGUCGGUGCAAUUGCCUCCUGCAAACUUUACUAAUAAGCAACCAAUUAAAGGAAUUGCCUUCGGUGUGGUGUGGUCUUCAGAUGCCUCUGAUGUUUGGCCGAUUAUGAAAUGCGAUUGCGACAUUGGCCCCAUCACCUUUACCUAUAAGAGCGCUCAUCAAUUAUCUUUAGAUGGGGAUGGGUCAAACUCAUCAGACAAUGUAUUUCUAUGGUUCGACAAGAAGUCUUCAAGGAAGUUCAAGGAAAGGAAAGGAGAAGCAGACGCUUGGUAUGUGAAAUAUGGUGGGCAGGCUGUUUCUUUCCGGUUCUACCCUGACUUAGGAUAUGAGGAAGAUGUCAAGCUAUUGAAUAACUACAAAAUCAAAAGAUGUGGCAUCUCUCUACUGUACUAAGUACAGUACAGACAGUCGAUUAUUAUUUUUGGGAAAAGAGAAACAAAAACAGAUGGCAAGGUACGUAUCUUGGUCCUUGGAAGAUCUAUGUCCAAUUGUCGUGAACAUUUUGUAUCUUAUUAUCUUUUAUUUUUAUUCUGAAUGCUGUAAUAUUAUUAUGAGUUCUGCAGCAUGUUCAGCAGUACUGUUAUGUCUUUGUUGGUCCAAUAUUUCUAUGUUCUCCUGCUUUCUGCUUUAACUUGAGGUUUAUUGGGGGCCGUAUCUUUUGGGAAGAGUACUGUUGUGAAAUCUUUCUCAGAAUUAAAGCUAUAGCUCCAGCAUGGAAUGUCCUUAAUUUACUUUUUUUUAUAGAUACGUUUGAUAUAGGUUUACUUGUUGUGGUUAAGAAUGUCCUUAAUUUACAGAAAUUCAUAAUUUCAUACUAAGCAUACAGAAUGUAUAUGAAUCUUGAUUUCUUCAUUCCCUUUUUCUUUGCAUGUAAUAGAUUAAAAAAUGGGAU